AUGCCCGGUGUUCGACGUGUCCAUAAUUGGACCAGAGGCGUCAGAAAAGUGAUAUAUAAGCAGUGCCCUUUGGUCAGCUUCGCACUCAGCAACGACCUUUUCCAGCUCCAUAGACGGACUAAUUUCUACCUCACCAACCACGUCGUCCUGGCUACCUUGACAAUGGCCUCGGACCCAUUCUUGGAUUUUUGCGACCAGCUCAAAGAGAUGUCGUCCGCAAGUACUGACGAGUGGUCAUUCUUCUCACCGGCCCCAGUAGAGCCCGCGCAGGUCAACGAACCUCAGAACCCAGAGUACUCUCCUGCCGUGCCUAAUCUCGAUAUUAUCAGUGGCAUCACUGAGGACUUGCGCUUUCCCAAAUCACAAGGGGCUCCUAGCGCCGGGAGUGGGUGUUCAGAGAUGAACCCCAUAGAGAUGCUGCUCGAAUCCCCUGCCGGAAACUACCCUAGUCAAACACCUGCUGCACAAGAGCCCGUAUCGGUCAUGAGUUACGCGUGGCCAACACAUCAAGCCGCAGCACCCUACUACGGCAUACCAUAUAUUGAACAGCCCCGCUACCUCGAGCAAGCGGUUACUCCUGCGACUCUCAUGCACUGGUAUACAAUGGGAUACAACACCGGAGUUGCUCUUCAUGGGCCCCAUGUUGCGCCUUAUGGCGUAACCAGUGCACCGAUGACUGGCCUACCAUAUGUAGGGCAGACAACGGAUUACAACGAUUACAUCAAUGGUGGCCUCGGAAGCACCACCGCACACGCUGCAAAUACGCCACGUCCUCGCAAGAAGGUCCGCACCAGGUUCCGCCAAUCCCACGUCGUCAGGAAGCCGAGGACUUGGACGCCCGUCGCACUGAAUUAUCAGUGCAGCCACUGCCAUGCAUGGUUCUCGCGCAGCGGCGUGCGCGACCGCCACAUGACAACAGGCUGCACCAAGGGCAAGCAGCAGGAGUGUCAAUGCCCUAUCUGCCUUAAAAUGUACUCGCGCACCGACUCGCGCGGGAGGCAUUGCCAUAGCCAGCACGGCAUGUCGUACCAGGAUGCAGUGGAAUGGGCCGAGGAAAGGCUGUCCGAUAGAGAUGCGAGUGUGGACGAAGGCUCACCUGCACAGCCCAAUGACUACUAG